CAGUUAGCACCUCUUUAUUUACGCCGAGCUACUACAAUUGUGGUCUCAUAGGCUUACUUAGCAUCAUAACUAGAAUAAAAACCAUAGCCUUGCCUAAUUACAAAAGACUACUUCGUGGAGGACGUGGUGGAAUUAAAUUGUGAAAUGAUGAUUUUUCUUUGUGAGCAUCGUGGGUUUUAACCGAGCUAAAAAAACAGAUUUCUCUACUUUGGUUUUCGUUUUUUGGCUCUUUUUUUUAGAAAAACAAAUAAAAACAUCAAUUUAAACAUAUAUUAAAAACAGAAGUGGAGAUAUUGUAAACCUGCACGCUGGACGCUGCUGUGCGGGGCAGAAAGGGGUUAAAGAGCUGCGAAGCGGGCGAGUUUGGGGAUGGAGGAGAAGGACCGGAGCCCCAGAGGCGCGGAGGACUCGGGCGACGAGUCGAUGCUGUUGCACGCGCCGGGCAACCUGCACGCCCACCGGGUGACCAACUUUUACAUCGACAACAUUUUGCGGCCGGACUUCGGCCGAAGGAAAGAAGGCAUUGCCAGCAUCCCGGCCAAUGACCAUGACCACCAUCACCAACAUUACAACCACCACCAACAUUCAGCCGUCACCAGCGAGCCCUCAGCGGCUACGGAACCAGUGGGAGCACCGGUGACAGGGGAAGGGACGUCCGGACCGCGACCGGGAACGGGGGCAAAAAGGACCUCGGAUGGAGCUGGCGCUGAAAGCGCAGACCAGUGCCUGAGCUCGGACUCGGAGUGCUCUCAGAGUAGCGCGCACCCAAAUAGCCAGCCCAUGCUGUGGCCAGCCUGGGUCUACUGCACCAGAUACUCGGACAGACCAUCAUCAGGGCCAAGAUCCCGCAAACCAAAGAAGAAAAGCCUAAGCAAGGAGGACAAACGCCCUCGCACCGCCUUCACAGCCGAGCAGCUGCAGAGACUCAAAACUGAGUUCCAGACCAACCGCUACCUGACCGAGCAGAGGCGGCAAAGCCUGGCGCAGGAGCUCGGCCUCAACGAGUCCCAGAUCAAGAUCUGGUUCCAGAACAAGAGGGCCAAGAUCAAGAAGGCUACAGGGACCAAGAACUCGCUGGCCUUGCACCUGAUGGCCCAAGGCCUGUACAAUCACGCCACCACCUCCAAGGAUGACAAAUCAGACAGCGACUGAGCACGAGGAGGAGAACGAGGAGGAGGACGUCUAUACAAUGCAAUAAUAAAAAAAGUAAAAUAAAAAGUAAAUAAAGGGCCAGUGUACAAAAUACCAGCAUCAUUGGAGUAGACUCUUUAUGACUGAGAUUUAACUCUGCAAUAUUUUAACGUGGAUUGUAAUUGUACGUGGUGUGAAGAAUUUUCUUUUCUUUUUACUUUGUUUAUUUCUUUUUUCUUUUUUGUUAAACAAUUAAUACUGCUGUCCACAGUCAGAAAAAAACCGAAAAAGCUCGGCGACGAAAGCCUUUCUUAUAAAAAAAAAACAUCAAGAAAAACAGUAACAAAAAAGAGAGAUUGACACUUGACUUUGAGACACAUGAUCGUCUUUAAUCCAUGCUGAAGUCCAAAGAUUUAUUUCUGCUGCAUUCAGGCAACUGUGAUUUGAAAUAAAUUGCAAAACUUUAUCUUAGUUCAAUGUGUAUUGAUUUCCAUGUGUUUGUUUGUUUAUUUCAGCAAGCUGGAUUGUGUUACAGAGAAAAGCUGGUAUUUUUUUAAACGUAACGUUGCAUAUCAUUAUGUGUAGGCUUACAAAAAGAAAAUGCAUUAUAUCGUAUUUAUAGAUAAGGUCUAUUUAACUCAGUCACACGUCCCAUCGUGCAGAUAUUGUUUUCAUUUUCAGGAAAGAAGUUCAGACAUCUGAAUGCUACGAGCAAAACCUCUGAAAGUUGCAUAUUUAAAAGAGAAAUACUUGACCCAAGCUCUAUUAAAUCUAGACGGGAAUGUACAAUACACAUGUUUUUCUACUUUUCAUCUUUGUUUAUUGUUUUGUUUUCUAGCAAUAUCUUCAUCUCCGUUUCAGCUUGUUGAGUGUGUGAAGUCCUUCAAAAAGUUUGAAGGCAGUAGGUGGUCGAGUGAAAACGUGGUUGUAACAGUGGGGACUGUAGUGUGAAUUUCAAUCUAAGGGUUUUCAUUUUAUUUAUUUUAUGUUAUAUUUACUUUAUGGUGUCCCCUCCCAUUUCAUUGUUGUCAUGCAAUAACUUUGUGAGCAAGUUUUCGAGGCCUUUGCAUGAGAGAUCUAACACCAUACCAAAUUCUGACCUUUUGUUUGGUGCAAACUGUGUUUAUCAUUGUACGUUUUUUUGGUAAAAAAUAAUAAUAAUAAAAUAAAAAGUGUGUGCGCGUGUGAAUUAAAUCACCAAACAAACAAAAAAAAAAAACACACUUUGCCUUACAAGUUCAGAGAUGAAACUUUUUCUAUGAGAACUGAAACGGAGACAAGCUCAUCAGCUCGAACAGAGAAUCUACGAAGCAUAUGUAUAAAAAAACAGAAAGAUAAUUUAAGUCAACUUUUCCCCAUUUUUUUUUUAUUUCAUGUGGUUCUCUUCUAAAGUAUCCUUGAAACAGGUGUACAUAAUUUGUAUCAUGUUUUAUUUGUGUAAUAAAUCCAACUGAAGAGUGGAGAACAUGUCAAUAAAAACGAUGCUUAUUUGUA